CCGAGCAAAUCGUUAUCCGCGAGCGACCACGUGGCACCGCUCCCAUCGUCCCCCGUGGCAGGAGAUCCCCCAUUCAAGAGCACCGAGUCGGACGUGAACGCUCCUCCACCUGACCAUCCUCCUCGGAAUAGCGCUGAUCCACUCCCGCCCACUCGCGCUCCUAAUCUACCCACUCGCGCUCCUGAUCUACCCACUCGCGCCCAUACCAUGAACGACGCUCUUACCUCGUCUGCUCUCCCCGCCUCUACCCUCCCUCCCUCCGCUCUCGCGUCGUCCGCGAAUCACGUUCAUGCCGUCCAAUCCGCGCCGACCGACCUUGCCUUGGAAUCCGGGAAACGCGGGAAGCCACGUAGGCAUGUCCCCGGCCAGAUGACGCCUCUCGCGGCGCUCCUCGGGUCGCCGCAAACUGCGGGGAUCGCGCUCUCGGGUCCCGACGCGUCGCCUCCCCCCAUGCUACUCCCCUCCCCGCCGGUUUCCCCCGCUGGGGAGUCCGCGCUCCCUGAUUCCGCCUUCGCGGAAGGGGGGUUACCCCGCGGGGGGUCGUGGCGGGUCUCUGAAGCUGGCGGCCGGGCGGGGGGAAGCGGAGCGGGGGGGACGGGCGGAAGGGGAGUGGACUCCGCGCAAGAGGUGGUAGCAGUGGCGGGCGCGAGGGGGACGGAAGGGGAAGCGGGGGGAGCGGAGAGGGAAGUUGGGGAGGCGGGGUGUUUCUAUGAAUCGGUGCGCGUGCCCCGUGACGUGGUGCGCGUGUGGCAGGACUGCUGGCGUGGCGCGUGGCAGGCUGACGUGGAGAUCCGAUCCGCCGUGGAUGGCGGGCUGGUGCUGGCGCAGGGCGCAGUGCUGGCCGCCCAUUCCCAGGGCCUUGAGCGCAUGUUGGCAGGGGCGAUGCUGCGGCAGGCGCGGCCGCCAUGGGUGAUAGUGGUGAGGGGCGUGCCGGUGGAGGCGAUCAGAGGCGUGGUCCAAGCGCUUUACUGUGGCACCAUGGACGACGCGUUAAUGGACCGCCACAUCUUCCACCUGCUCCUACUCGGCCACUCUCUCCCCAUCCCCCUCCUCAAGUCCCUCUGCCUCGAAGCCCUCCGCUCCCGCCUCCUCUCCCCGGCCAAUGCCGUCGACACACUUGUCCUCGCGCGGCUGGUCGGCUCGCGCGCGCUGCAGGCGCUGACUCAGCAGUACAUUGUGCGGCACCACGCUGAUGUGGCGCUGACGGACGCAUGGGCCAUGCUGAGUCAGGAGUAUCCGGACGUGAAAGGGAUGCUGGAGGAGAUGGUGGAAGCGAGGAGGAGGCGCAACACCAGCUGGCAGGGCGAGGAGGGAUGGGCGCGGCAGCAGGUGCAGCAGGCAGUGCGCGCCCUGGAGCACAUCUGCAACGACGGUAGCUGUGCCUCCGCAUCCGCAUCCGCCUCCGCCUCCGCCUCCGCCUCCUCUCCCCCUCCCGCUGCCCCCCCGCUUGAGGGCGGGGAGGGGGAAGGAGAAGAUGGUGCAGAGGGAGGAGGAGCAGCAGAAGUGACAGACGGGGAGGAGAGAAGCCCAGAUGGUGCUGGUACUGCUGCUGCUGCAGACACUCCAGGUCAACAAGGCCAAACAGGUCAAACAAGCCAAAUGGACCCACACACUCUCCCCUCUGCGAGCGCACUCGCGCCCACGCUCUCCUCCCUCUCCUCCUCUCAAUACCAGGGCGGCAGUGGUACCCUCUCCACCCUAUCCUCCUCCUCCUCCCUCCUCUCUGUCCACCCCAUGUCCCCCCCAACUCCCGCCACCCCUGCCGCUCCCCCCACCCCCUGCGGCCUGCCUAAGUGCCGGCCGGUGGAGGGGUUGAUCCGGCACUUUGCUAAGUGCGGCGUGAAGGUGUCGGGCGGGUGUGCGAGCUGCAAGGUGGUGUGGCAGCUGCUGGAGCAGCACUCAACCGCGUGUGAGAAGCAGAGGGGGUGCCGCGUGCCACUGUGCAGGCAAUUCAAGAGCAAGCAGCACCAAGAGCACGGCACCGGGAUUAAGGGCAAGGAGAAGCUUCCAGCAGCAGAGAAUGCAGAGCAAGUGACAGCGCUAGCUAAGGCACUCGUGGCCCUGGAGCAUGCCUAGGGCGGUAGAAGUAGGGUGGGGGGAGUGGAGGCAAGGAGAGAGCGUCAGCAGCAGCAGCAGAGUGUGCAGAGCAACGGACUGCGCCAAGGCACUCCUGGCUCUAGAGCAUGCCUAGGCCUCAUAAAACCAGGGUGGGAGGGGUGGGUGUGGGGGUGGAGGCAAGAAGAAGGUGCCAGCAGCAGCAGUAGCACCAGUAGAGCAUGCAGCGCAAGCCACAGCGCUAGCCGAGCCUCUGGUUCCAGAGCAUUCCAAGGCCUUAUAGGAGCAAGAUGGGAGACUGGAUGUUAGGGGAAGGGGGGCACAGCAGCAGCAGCAGCAGGUGGUGCAGAGCAGGUGACAGCGUUAGCCGAGGCACUCUUGGCUCUAGAGCUUGCCUAUGCUCAAUGGAAGCAAUGUGCGGGACUGGAGGAAAUUCGAAGGCAGCCCUCCCAAGCUGACUUGAUUCCUUCCUUCUCCUUCCAGCCACUCCGCCUCCCUCCCUGUAUCAUCCACGACCGUCCAUUACACAUGGACCAACCAAGCCGUUGAAUUAUACCCACCCAUCGCCUUGACUCAAAGCAAGUCUGAUUAAUCACUGUUGCACGAAGACUGAAGGUGACAAUAUUUGCUACAGCCAAGAGUGUGGCAAGGAAACUUGGUAGAAUUUCCCAUGCUACAAGCAACUUACCUGUGUAAACUGUCCAUGCAAGCGAAGGUGUGGAAGCGAGAUGGAGGUACAUAAAGAGUAUGAAUGUAUGGUAUGUGUAGCUCAUGUCCACCUCGCACAUGGAGAGAGAAGGAUGAGAGCACUGUUUCCCAGAAUGGGCCACGAUUGAUUAGGCCUGCCCAAUGUUGUGGCAUAAUAUUGACGUG